AUGUACUCGGCCGCCGCCGCCGCCUCGCCACCGCGACGGGACUUCAUCUCCGUCACCCUCAGCCCGGAGGAGGCGGUGGGGGCUGGCGGCUACAAUAACAGCAAGGCCUGGAGGCGGCGCUCCUGCUGGCGGAAAUGGAAGCAGCUGUCUCGACUACAGCGGAGUGUAAUUCUCUUCCUGUUUGCCUUCUUGGCAGUCUGUGGAGUCAUUUCAUACACAAGCAUGGGGGAACCGUGGAAAAGUUUAACAAAUAAAUCGUUGGAUGAUCAGAGAACAGAACCAGAAAUUCCUGGAUUGAAGCUGGCAAAUCCAGCCGUACUACCAGCACCCCAGAAAGCAGAUGCCAACCUUGGAGACUACCCAGAGCUUUCACCACAGAAGCCGCCAAAACCUCCUCAUGUUCGGCGUGGUCCUUCCAAUCUUCAGAUCAAGCCUCCUCGGAGGGAUGUGAGGCUGAAGACCCGACAUGAUACUAGCAGGGUUGUAGAAGAGCCGGUCCAAGCUGAUAAAGAAGAGAAAACGGAGAAAUCUGUUAUCAGCUGGAGAGGAGCAGUGAUAGAACCUGAACAAAGCACUGAACCUCCCUCUAGUAAAAUAAAGGAACCAGAAAAACCUUCAUCUGUGGAAGCUGAAGACCAGAAGGAACCAGUGCCUAUAAAUGAACGUCAGAUGGCUGUGAUAGAAGCAUUCCGCCAUGCAUGGAAAGGAUACAAGGAUUAUGCCUGGGGCCAUGAUGAGCUGAAGCCUUUGUCCAAGUCUUACAGUGAGUGGUUUGGACUUGGGCUUACCUUAAUUGAUGCCUUGGAUACCAUGUGGAUUUUAGGCUUAAAAGAAGAGUUUGAAGAAGCAAGAAAAUGGGUAGCAAACGAUUUAGUAUUUGAUAAAAACGUGGAUGUGAACCUCUUUGAGAGCACUAUUCGUAUCCUGGGGGGCUUGCUGAGCACCUACCAUCUCUCCGGAGAUAGCCUCUUCCUGGAAAAAGCGAAAGACAUUGGGAACAGGCUUAUGCCAGCAUUCAAGACCCCCUCCAAGAUACCAUAUUCUGAUGUCAACAUUGGCCGGGGCACUGCACAUCCACCUCGUUGGACAUCUGACAGCACUGUGGCAGAGGUGACCAGUAUUCAGCUGGAGUUUAGGGAGCUCUCUCGUCUCACUGGAGAUGAGAAAUUCCAGAAAGCUGUGGAUGAGGUGAUGAAGCAUGUUCAUACCCUCUCAGGGAAAAACGAUGGACUAGUGCCUAUGUUCAUAAACACCAAUAGCGGGCAGUUCACUCACUUGGGUGUCUAUACUCUGGGAGCCAGAGCUGACAGCUACUAUGAGUAUUUGCUCAAGCAAUGGAUUCAGGGUGGGAAAAAAGAAAAUGAACUGUUGGAAGACUAUAUGAGAGCCAUAGAAGGAGUGAAAAAGCAUCUUCUUCAGAGAUCACAACCCAAGAAGCUUACUUUUGUAGGAGAGCUCGCCCAUGGCCAUUUCAGUGCCAAGAUGGAUCACUUGGUUUGCUUUUUGCCUGGUACUUUGGCACUGGGAGCUCACAAUGGAUUGACUGCUGAUCAUAUGAAGUUGGCUGAAGCCCUUAUAGAAACCUGUUACCAGAUGUAUGCUCAAGUAGAGACAGGCCUGAGUCCGGAGAUCGUACACUUCAAUCUUCAUGCGCAAAAGGGCCACAAAGAUGUGGAAAUCAAGCCUGCAGACAGGCACAACUUACUGCGACCAGAAACUGUGGAAAGCCUUUUUUAUAUGUACAGAUUCACCGGUGAUAAGAAGUACCAAGACUGGGGCUGGGAAAUCUUGCAGAACUUCAAUAAAUACACACGGGUUCCUACAGGUGGUUAUACUUCCAUUAACAACGUCCAGAAUCCCAGUAAUCCAGAGCCACGAGAUAAGAUGGAGAGCUUCUUCCUUGGGGAAACACUCAAAUACAUGUUUCUGCUGUUUUCAGAUGACAUAGACUUAAUCAAUCUUGACAAAUACGUAUUUAACACAGAAGCUCAUCCACUUCCUAUCUGGGUGCCAGCAUAGACUGGGUGUCAGUAGACCUUGCAAUGGUGGCAUUUUUAUCUUCAAGUCACUUUACUUUUCAGGGUUUGAGGAGAGAUGCUAUAUUGCACCUUUUUUGGCUUAAAACAAACAAACAAAACCUUUGGGAAAGCAUCUCUGGUUUGGAGAAGUCAUGUCAGUCUUAAAUCUAAUCCCUUGUUCUGGGAUGGACAAGCUGUGCCAUACUAAGCUGGUUUUCCUGGUAUUGAUGAUGAGGUUCAGAGAAUAAUUGUAGUGUGGACCAUGACAUUCACGGGGCUCUGGUGAACCAGAACUCACUUAUGUCAGUCUUACUGAAUGCUCAUUAAAUAUUGGGAAUGCAGCAAAUUGUCUUACAGCACAGGAUUGUCCCUGGAGAGAAGGAAUAAGCCUACAGGUUUCUGGUUUAUUCUGGAUUCACUGAAACACUUGGUUACAGCGCCAUUCCUUCAUGAGAACGUAUAGUGUUUCAGGUGGUAAGUGGAAUAAACAAAGAACUGUAAUGUUGUCCCAGGUAGAAGCAAAGCUGUCAGUAUUGCUACUGAUACUCUGAUCUCAUUCCAAACUACCGAGCUAUGCUGCAUCACGUUAGAAGAAGAAAGUGGCAGCAAAGCAUCUGUUGUACAGUGUCUUAGUUUUAUAGAGCACUUUGAACAAUCUGUUCAAGCUGUGGCUAAAAUGAAUGAUGGAAGAGAAUUUGCUGCUGGUUUGGCUCAAAGUGGUAUAUAAUUUUGUAGAGGUAUUGCAGUUUUUUAACUUAUCUGCAGGAAUGCAGGCGAUAAUGUGAAACGCAAGUGAAACUACACAUGCAUUUUAUGUAUUAUUUGCAUCAGUUAGACUCAGGUAUUCUGACUGAAAGCUGCUUUCUGAGAUUGGGCACUGGGAAAGCUUGUGAGCACAUUAGCUAUAAUUCUAAGUCAGCCUCCUUCCGUCCCUUCCUGUCCAGGUAGUUGCGUUGUAAGGUGUUUGUUGACACAAAACAAGCUUACAGCUGUACAGCAAAGUUCAUGUUAUUCAUCAUUUUUUUUGGACUGUGGAGAAAUUGUCAAUUUUUUUUUUUUUCCCUUAGGAGUACUUUGGUUAGAAGUAUUUUCAUUAGCAGUAUUAAAAGCAGACAGUCUAAAUGUAUUACAACAAUUCCUGGUCCCAAUAGAAUUAGUGAAAUCUGUUCAGUUGCUUGAAGACAAAGCAGACCCAGGUUUUUUUAAGAAUCUAAUGGGAGCCCUGGGGUCUUUCAUUUAUAUAUGUGCAAAUAGAUUUUAAACCAUGAAUUUGGAAAUCAGCUUUCUGUAGUGCUUUUUCUUUUGGUUUUGUAGCUACUUGGACAGUCCUGUAGUCACAGGUAAGUUCUCAGAAAUGUGCUUGUUCGUAUUUCUUAAAGAGGUUGUUCUCACUAAAAUGUCCUUUCCCCUCACAUUAAUGGGAGCGGUGGGAAGUACGCAGGUGCGUGGUAGCGACAGUGAGGUACAGUCCCCACUAGAUCUAGGGCUGCUAAACGGAACUAAUGAAAUCUGACUGUUAUGGUUAAUUUUCCAGUGGCUGAGGGGGGGUAUGUGUAUUUUAUAGUAUUUGUAACCUUUGAUUUGUAAAGUAAGAGGCAUCUUUAUUUGUUUUAUGCUGAUCAGUUCUGUUUGCUGGAGUCAGAAGUUACCCUUGGGACCACUAUUUAAGUCUUUUAAAGAAUAUUUAUCAUUCCAUGUACUAAUGAUGGCUUAUGGAAAUGGAGAAAUUUUACAAAUUAUUUAAAUGCACCUUUUUCUGUCAUCAGAGGGACCCUGGGAUUUGCAAGACGUGACAAGUUUGUGCAGAAUGUUAAUGUUCCUCCAGUUCACAUGCUACCAGUAACCCUAGAAAUUAGUUUCUCACUUACGUGUGCAGUGGAAUCCAGUAGCUGUAGCCUUUGUCUGCACAAUGGGUUUGCUCCUAAGACUUUUGUUUUCUUUGACAUUAACAGCGAAGAAGGAAAAUGCUGUUGAAAUGUGGGAGGAAACACCUUCAGUGUUUUUGUUUGUGGAGUAGGUUCAUGUUACUGAGGAGCUGAGCUUUGGCUAAAAGCUGAAAGCUUAAAACUGGAGAUUAAAAAAAAGAAAAGAAAAAAAAAAGAUAAAUUCAGUGAGACUACUCAGGCCCUACUGACUUGUCUUGCCUUGGCCUUGUGCCUUUGAUUGAGGCUGGUAUUGAACCCUUAGUUAAUGACUUUGCUAUGGAUUGUAAAACUUCCGGAGUUUGGCAUUUCACCGAUACGGCAGCGCUGCCGAGGAGACAGAGAUUUCUUAGGAAGUGGAAUACAUAUAAAUGCUCAACCACAAAUCUUCUGUUGUUGAAGUCUUAUACUAGUCUUAACGUAAUCGACUCUACAAAUGGGACUGUGGGAGUCUGUGUUAUAAUUUUUUUGCCUUAUGAUUGGGUUGAGAGUAAUAAUCCAUUUCGUAAUGAGUUAAAGGAAGGAGAGAAGAAUAAAUCGUCGCUUUCCCAAACACACUUCUUGUCUUUUAGCUGAGUCUGUUGGUCCUACUGAUUUCUUUUCUACCUAGUUCUUCCUGGGAAACUGAAUCUUCAGAAAGUGUGGCUUUACUGCCCUCGUCCUUUAAAUCUGAGGUUAAAAUUGUUCAGAUCUCUCUACCUUUGAGAACAAAUGCUUGUUUCAGACUCCUAUAUCACACGUGAAAUGGCACAAACCUAAAUAAUCUGAUAAAAGCUCAUCUGCUUCUUCCUAUUCUUUUGCAAAGGUCACUUUAAUUGCUUAUUUAUUUUUAUUUCCUUAAUGUAAGAUGUUGUGUCAGAUUAGUCUCUGAGCUUCACAGCCCAUCUCAAUUCUCCUAUGUGCUCCCCCAGCACAACAGAAGCUUUGCACGUCUUUGAAAAGUUUUCUUUUGAGUACUCUGUGGUUCUUUGAACCAAAGCCUUAACUGCAGGGUCUGUAAUCCAUUUUUGGUGUUUGAGCGUACUGAUACGCUUCUGAUGCUCAAGUUGAAUGUUGCGGAAAGGCCGUCUCUUCAGCCAGUGAUUCUGUCCUUUUGCACAAAGAGCUGCCUUGGUUUCUCUCCAAGAGCUUGAGUGCCUUGCCUAAUUAAAAUAAAACAAAAAAACCCCAGCC